CCUUUCGCUCCUUUCCCCCCGUCCCUUCUGUCCUCCGUGUCCCUUCUGUCCUGUUCCCUGAGCAGGCGGUGAUGGGACCCCGGCUGAGUCCCCGGGACCUGCGGGUAGUGGGUGCUUUGCAGGUUCUCAGGGAUGUGAAAGGGAUUUUUGCAUCAGCCUUGGCGUCCUUGGCAGAGCCCCUCGCUUCUUGCUGUGUGGGCAGCUAAAGAAGGGUGUUGCCUCAGCCAGGAGCAGUUAUAUUUCUUGGCUACACAUUGCUAUUCUGCGUGUGAGUUGUUAACCUGUCGAAUAAUAUCGUUGCGGAAUUCGGUGAGGUGCCACGCCGAGAGCUGUCUAGACGCUCUUGCUUGCUGGUGUGUAGCAUUUAUAUCCGAGCUUGCUGAAGGAGUGCAAGUCACGCAGGCUACAGUGGUCACAGUUCCCCAGGCACUAUUUCCAGUUUUAUUAUUCCUGUUGACAAGGCAGGCAAUAGGCACUUUUAUUGGUUUCUUUUUGCCACUAUGUUAUUUACAUAUGUAGAAGCAAAAAAUACUCAGGUAGAGGAAUGGAACCCAAGGUGGGAGUUGGAAAAGGGCCUUUGCUUUUCCUUCCUUUUUGUUUUUCUGCCCCUGUUCCUUGCUGUGCUUGUGAGCUUUGUGUUCCUGGCUGGACAGUCGUUGUGAUGGAUGCUGUCCAUUUUUGAACAUUUGCAGAGCAGUGGUACUCUAAUAAAUCCCUGUGAUUUCUCAUUUUGGCGACAAAGAAACCACUCAACCAAAUUUUCCACACAGUAGAUAUUUGUUUUAAUGUUGUGAUCAUGAGUGUUUCACUUGUUCUCUCACAUUAUGAAUUCAAAGUUCAUUGCUGUUAGAGCUGUCCCAAUAUCACCUUUAGAAAGAGUAUCAGUCCCAGGUCUAAAACAGUUCUGUUUGAGGUAAAGGCAUUUCCCAAUAUGACGGGUCAGCUCCACAGCAUCUGCUGACACAGUGUAUAUGGUAAUGUCUAUAUGUUUUUUAUGAUGCUGUCAUUGAUGGGAAGGCUCUACAAAAGCCAGAGUGAGCUGGGAAAUGAAACUUUGCUGUGUCACAGAGGUGAAUGUGGCAGAGGCACUGAGUAGGGCCUGGUCAUGUCCUGAUGUGAAUGGUGACCUUGAGCAGUGGGAAGACUUGUUUAAAGUAACUGGAAAUCCUUUGGAAGACAAUAGGCCAUGUCAUACGAUGGGAAGAAUAGGAGAUAAUCUGAUUGUCUUAAGAACACAAGUUCCAGAGUGGUGAACAGAGAAUACCUACAGGAAAGCAUGAGGCAGGUUUGGCACAAGGUCUUCUUGCCCAAGAUACACUCCCAGACUCUAUGGAUCUGGUGUUGGAAGCUCUCCUAGUCAUGAGAUAGUAUGUGCUAUUGAAAUGCUCUCAAUCUUCUUUGAAGUUAUGAAUAUCUCCCACCAGAGACAGUCCCUUGUGCUGCUGCCUGCCUGCCAUAGCCAAUGUGUUACUAAGAGGGGUGAGAUGCAGACUGCAGAAUACUGUCUGACAGACCUUUUCCAUCUAGUUUUGGGAAAGGCAUUGUGGUAGGGUAGUGGUUCAGUCUGCUGUCCUUGCACAAUGGUGGGCAUGUACAGGAGGUUCCACAGUCGUUUAUCUCGCCAUGAUGGUUCCUUUCUCCUCAAGCAGGAUUUUUAAGGGGAUAUGAGGAGGUGGGUGUGAUCUUUGUGCUCCUGACUUCCCCUACUUGUGCACUUGUACAGUUGGCCUCAGUAGAAAUACUGUGUCCUGUUACGCAUGGCUUGUUCUGAUAUGUACAUGUACCUGCCAAGCCAUGCAGAGCAGCCCAGCUCUGGUUCUCUGUGGUAUACAUUUUCCCACCCAGUUGAUACUGAGUAUGCACUUGUGGCUUGACAUUUGGAGUGUUCUUUUUAAAUAAUAAAAUCUGUGCAGACUGGGAUUUGAGCUGUCACAACUCUCAUCACAGAAUCUGUAAGAAGAACUCUAACAUGCAGUGCUAUGGUGUUUCCAUCUGAGACUGUUGAGAAGACACAAAGUAUUCUCAGGGUGAAGCUCAGUCACCUGGGAAUGAUCUGCCAGACAGUGAAUACCUUUGCAUCCAUCCGUAUGUUCUUUGUGCUGGUCACAAGGGAAGGUGAGGAUGUCCAGAGGCCUAGGUCGUGCUCAGAGUGGGGAUUAGAUUUGGGGCAUGUUCUUGUGGUGGAGCAAGGUCUGGGUAUUGUGGCAGUGAUGCUCUGAGUGGCACCAAGCAGGGUCUGGGCAUGUAUCACUGGGAGAGUGACAGUGAGUGGGGAAGAUGUUGCCUGAGUGAAAUGGAGAUGCUGGGUAGAACACAGUCUGUGUCACUGCAGAAGCACUGGAUAAUGUUUGAUUAGAUUGAAUUAUUUUCUAUGGUGUAGGAUAGGGGAUGCCAGUAGAAGAUCUUGAGAAGAUACCCAGCACACAGUGCUGCUUUCCCAUGCCCUGCUGAGGACCUUGAGAAGUUCUGCAAAUCCUCGCACCCUUUUGUCUUCCAUAGUAUUCCUGUGUGAUGUGAGUGCAUCUGCCAUAGGCUUACUUUAAUAAUUUUCUCCUGAACAUGGUAUGCUAUUGAUCAAACAGAAGGUUUUUGAAAUGUGGAUCGCUUUGACUUCUCUAAAGCCCUCCUCAGUCACGUCUCUUCUCAUCUCCCCUGCUGGGCAAGGGAAGAAGUGUUCUCCAUAUUGAAUAUUUUGCCAAAGCUUGCAUUUCUAUAUGCAUGGAAUGGCUUCUUUUAGUUUUCUUCACUCAGCAAAAUCUCUGACCCUUAUGGUUUUUCUUGUCUCACAUUGGCAUUGUGUUUGGAAUAGUGGGUGAGUUGCAGAUGUCAGAAUUUUCACAGCUGUCUGGUUGCAGAGUUUUGGACCAACUGGCAUCAAUGUGGGGGAUGGCUUUUCCACUGUCCUGAACUGAGGUUGAUGUUGAGAGAAUAUCCUUAGCUUUCAUGUCUUCCUUCUGCUUCCCCUGUGAUAGAAGUGCAUAAGGGAGCACUGCACACUGUCCAGUGAUUUUGAGGCUUUUGCAGAACAACUGAGUUUUUCUGUUGAGGUUCCGUAGACACCUGGGUGGUGUUUGUUUGGCUGUGUGACAGGUAGGUCAUGCUGAUGAAGGAGAGGUAUUCCGUGGGGAGUUCUGCUUCUGGAUAUUGAGGUUCUUGGUGUGUUGUUCCUGCAUUGCAUGCCUGCAUGAAAGGGAAAGCAACAGCUUGAUUUCAGCAUCCAAGUGGAAAACGAGGACAGAAGAACAACUCUUCAUUGAGGUACAUGAAGAGAGCUUGAGAGAUGUGGUUGUCAUGUGUGUUUAAAGCCUUAGUGCAGGGUUGUGCUGGGUUGUGAUGAGUUUGAGUUCAUAAAUGAGAGACUCCCCUGCAUUGUUUGGACUCAUUGGAGCCAGUGUGUAUUGGUGUCCAAGUAUCUGGGACUUGGUCUUGUGUUUCUGAGGGUGGUGCAUUCUGUUCUGAUGUAGCAGAGAUGUUUCUUUACUGCAUGAUUGCCUUCCUCAGUUACGUGCUGGGUCCUUGAGUGGACUGGAGGCAGAAGAGUGUGGUCUUCUUCCAGAGCGGAAGUGGGCUGAGGUGAAGGCACAGUCUGUGUCUUGCAUAGGCUGGAUGAAAGCAGGAAGGUUGUUCCUUUCUGGAGGCAUGGAUGGUGGAAUGGAAGGCGAAUGAGAAUUCUUGCCAUUUCCAUGACGCAUGGCCCGUGUGGAAAAUAUUUUAGUCAACGUGAAAAAUAAAAGAAGAGACAAUAACAGGAGCAGAAGCAAAGAGUAGGCAUGGAUGUGGCAGGCUGGACCCAGAAAGAAAACGGAUGAGAAAGAAUAUAAGGAGGAAAGAGGAAUGAAGGAAGAGAAAAUGAAGAGAGAAAAAAAAAAAAAGAAAAGAGGUCAAAAGAGAAAGAAAUAGAUGAAAAGGAAGAAGGAAAUAAUGGGAAAGGAAGCAGGAAAGGAAAGAAUCUAUGCCAAGAAAAAGGAAGGAUGUGAGAAAGAAAGGAGAAGGAAGGGAUGAUAGAGGAGAUUAGCAGCAUGCACCGAUGAUAUCUCUGCAUGGUUAAUGGAGCUGAGGAUGUCGACAGGCUCGGUACUUAGGGACAGUGUGUAAGGCUUGAUGAAAAGUCGUGAGGAAGAGGAGAGACCUCUUGCCUGAGGGCAUCUCCGUGUUCCAUGUCGAGUGUGAUAAAAUCAUGUAGGAAACAUACUGGUAAAGGGAAGGAGAAGGGAAGGGCAGGAAAGUGAUAAGAAGAGAAGGAGUAAGGUAACAGUGAAGACAAGAAACGAUAGAAGUACAAGGCAAACAAGUGCAAAUGAAACAAUAGCGAUAAAGAAGAGAAAGAAGAGAAAGAAGAGAGAGAAAGAAGAGAGAGAAAGAAGAGAGAGAAAGAAGAGGAAGGAAGGAAGGAAAAGAAAGAAAGAAAGAAAGAAAGAGAGAAAGAAAAGACAAAUGAGUUUACUACCAUGCAGCGAUGCUUUCACUGUAUACGGAAAAGUGGUGAGGGAGAGAAAAAAGGAAAAAAAAAGGAGGAAAAAGAAAGAAGCAAACGAGGAAGGACGACAUGGUACAAGAAACUAACUAAGGAAAGAGGAUGACAACGAGAAUAAAAAAAAGGAAGAACCUAUAAAGAAUAUUAUUAGAACGCAACAACAUUACCUCUAGAUGCCGAACAGAACUUGUCCCUAUCUGCCCCCGCCUCGGUUAGAGUACCGCUUCCCGCGCUGAUGGCUCCGUCUUUUGGCGGUCUCCGCCGCGGCGGCAGCGGGGAUGGAUGAGCUGAGAGAGGUGGUAAGGGUGGAGACAAGGAUGCAAAGAGAGAAAAGGAAGUAUAGACUAGAGAAGGGUAUGGAAAGAAAGAAAAUAAGAAGGAAGGGAAGAAAAGAAAAUCAGAGAAAAGAAAGCAGGAAGAGAAGAAGGAAAACGAGUAAAAAUACAAUAUUUAAAAGUAGAAAACAGUAAGACAGAAUAAGGAUGAGGGAAAUGAAGAUGCAAAGAAAAGAACCUAUGCGAACAAGCAGUUAAAAGACAAGGAAGAAAGAUAUGAAAGUGGGAAGAAAUCCUAAAAAGAACGAGGAGAAGGCAAGAGAGACCCGAGAGAGGAGAUGAGCAGCGCAGAGGGAGCGUGUGCGGCGGCGGAGCAGCACACGGUGUCGCUGCAGGCUCAGAAACGGCGGCCGAGCGGCUCGGCGGCUCCGCCCCGGUGCGGCGGAGAGCCCGGCUGUGAGCGCGGGGGGGCGGCGCGGGGCGGGCAGGAGAGCCGGUGCGUCCGGGCGGCGUCGGGGAGCCGUGCGGGGCCCGGCCGGGUGUCGUCGGCGGCGGCGACAGCAGCAGCGAUGUGCGUGUGGUGGUGGCCCGUGCUGCGGGUGCUGGUGCUGCAGGCGGCCUGGGCGCUGGUCGGCGGGCAGGUGCGGUACUCGGUGCCGGAGGAAGCCAAGGCCGGGACGGUGGUGGGGCGUCUGGCGCAGGACCUGGGCCUGGAAGCGGGCGAGGCGGAGGCGCGGCGGCUGCGGCUGGUGUCGCAGGGCCGGCGGGCGAGCGUGGAGGUGAGCGGGGCGAGCGGGGCGCUGGUGGUGAGCUCGCGGCUGGACCGGGAGGAGCUGUGCGGGAAGAGCGCGCCGUGCGCCCUGCGCCUGGAGGUGCUGGUGGAGCGGCCGCUGCGCGUGUUCCACGUGGAGCUGGAGGUCACGGACAUCAACGACAACGCCCCGCUCUUCCCCGCCGCCCGGAAAAACCUCAGCAUCGCGGAAUUCACGACGCUACCGGGGUCUCGGUUCCCUCUGGAGAGCGCGUCGGAUGCAGAUAUCGGAGCCAACGCGCAGCUCUCCUAUACACUGAGCCCCAGCGAGUAUUUCACUGUAGAGGAAGAAAACAGUAAUUCGCGCAGUAAAUCCCUUUUUUUUGUGCUCACGAAACCUCUGGACCGUGAGACGCUGCCUGUGCACCGGUUGGUGCUGACGGCGAGUGACGGGGGCCGGCCGUCUCUGACGGGCACGGUGGAGCUGGUGAUAUCGGUGCUGGAUAUAAAUGAUAACGCGCCUCAGUUCAACCAGUCGGUAUACAGCGUACAUCUGCUCGAAGACGCCUUAGAGGGGACAGUGCUGGUUCGGGUGAACGCCACGGACCCGGACUUGGGAACAUAUGGAGAAGUGAUUUACGAAAUUGAUACUAUUGUUCCUCCCUCGGCCUCAGGUAUAUUUAGCAUCGAUGCAAAAAGCGGAGAUAUCAGGCUGACGGACGCCCUUGACUUCGAAACGGUUGCUUUCUACGACCUACAAAUUAAGGCAAAAGAUAAGGGGACGCCCCCUUUGUCGGGUCACUGCAAGGUGUUGGUGGAGGUGCUGGACGUGAACGACAACGCGCCGGAGGUGUGGGUGACGUCGCUGUCGGUGCCGGUGCCGGAGGACGCGUCGGUGGGGACGGUGGUGGCGCUGCUGAGCGUGUCGGACCGGGACUCGGGGGCGAACGGUCGUGUGCGCUGCGCGGUGUGGCCGGCGGCGCCGUUCGGGCUGGUGUCGACGUUCGCGGGGUCGUACUCGCUGGUGCUGCGGGAGGCGCUGGACCGGGAGCGGGUUUCGGAGUACGAGGUGGAGGUGCGGGCGGAGGACGGCGGGUCGCCGUCGCUGCGCGGCCGUCGCGGGGUGCGGGUGCCGGUGUCGGACGUGAACGACAACGCGCCGGCGUUCGCGCAGGCCGUGUACACGGUGCUGGCGCGGGAGAACAACGCGGCGGGCGCGGAGCUGGCGCGUCUGUGGGCGCGGGACCCGGACGAGGCGGACAACGGGCGCGUGCGGUACUCGGUGUGGGAGGGCGGCGUGGGCGGGGGCUCGUCGGCGGUCGGGGGGUGGCGUCGGGCGUCGAGCUACGUGUCGGUGGACGCGGAGAGCGGGCGUCUGUGGGCGCUGCAGCCGUUGGACUACGAGGAGGUGCAGGUGCUGCAGUUCGAGGUGCGGGCGGUGGACGCGGGGGAGCCGCCGCUGUGCGGCAACGCCACGGUGCAGCUGUUCGUGGUGGACGAGAACGACAACGCGCCGGCGCUGCUGCCGGCUGGAAGCGGCGGGCCGGGGCCCGGGGCGUCAGGCGAGGCGGCGCCGGGGCCGGUCUCGGGGGCGCUGUGGGCGUGGGCGGCGUGGGGGGCGCCGGCGGGGCAGGUGGUGGCGAAGAUCCGCGCGGUGGACGCGGACUCGGGCUACAACGCGUGGCUGCGCUACGAGCUGUGGGAGCCGCGGGGGAAGGGCCCGUUCCGCGUGGGGCUGUACAGCGGCGAGGUGAGCACGACGCGGGCGCUGGAGGAGGCGGACGGCCCGCGGCAGAGGCUGGUGAUCGUGGUGCGGGACCACGGGGAGCCGGCGCGCUCGGCCACGGCCACGCUGAGCGUGUCGCUGGUGGAGGGCGCCGAGGCGUCGCUAGCGGCCGCGGGCUCGUCGUCGUCAUCAGGGGCGGGGCUACGUCUGUCGGAGGGUGGCGCGGCAGCGACAGGAGCGGCGGCGACGACGAACGUGUGGCUGGUGGUGGCCAUCUGCGCGGUGUCGAGCCUGUUCCUGCUGGCGGUGGUGCUGUACGGGGCGUCGCGGUGGGCGCCGCGGGCGGGCGUGCUGUCGGGGCCUGGGCCGGCGACGCUGGUGUGCGCCAGCGAAGUGGGGAGCUGGUCGUACUCGCAGCGCCAGAGCCGGAGCCUGUGCGUGGCGGACGGCGCGGGCAAGAGCGACCUGAUGGUUUUCAGCCCCAACUUCCUGCCGCCGCCCGGCCCCGCGGCGAAGGAGACACAGCCGGAGCCGCCCGCUCUCCUGGACACGCCAAAACACCCCAAUCCUGACUGGCGCUACUCUGCAUCCCUGAGGGCAGGAAUGCAAAGUGCUGUUCAUAUGGAGGAGGCAGGAGUCCUACGUGGAGGACCAGGAGGGCCGGAUCAGCAGUGGCCAACAGUCUCCAGUGCUACUCCAGAACCUGAGGCGGGAGAGGUGUCCCCCCCAGUGGGAGCUGGUGUGAACAGCAACAGCUGGACCUUUAAAUUUGGACCGGGCAAUUCCAAACAAGGUGGUCCUGGUGAGUUGCCAGACAAAUUCAUUAUCCCAGGAUCUCCUGCAAUCAUCUCCAUCCGGCAGGAGCCACCAAACAGCCACAUUGACAAAAGUGACUUCAUAACCUUUGGCAAGAAGGAAGAGACCAAGAAAAAGAAGAAAAAGAAGAAGGGAAACAAGACUCAGGAGAAAAAAGAAAAGGGCAACAGCACCACUGAGAACAGUGACCAGUGAGGGGUUUAUACUGAAAGAACCCAUUUAGCCAGUUUUUGUAAUAAUGGCAGAUUUCUCCUAUGUAGCAACUCCCAACUUCUUCCUACUAUUAACAAUUUUCCUGUAUGUACAGACUUGAGAAAAUCAGCAGGAAAUUCACAGUGUCUGUCUAAAUUGCUUAACAGGUUUUGUCUUAAAAGCUUUAUUAAGUCUGGUGUUAACUCUUUUUCUCCACUCUGGCUUGUUUUCAGAAUCUAAAAAGCAGACACAAGUUUCCUUUCUCCUACGCCGAAAAGGAGAAUCUUCACAGUACAGCCAGUGAGAGGUUGGACUCUGCACUGUGGUUCCUGUGCUCCUGUCUUGAUGACACUUACAGGACAGGUUUAAAAGUUUUAAUGUUGUGCACCCUCUAUCUGAUUGGAAAUAUUUGUGUGCAGAUGUCAGCUAGGCGAUGUGAGCUCAGGUUAUAAAAUGCAAGAAGAGCUGGUAAAUAUGCACUAGAGGAAACACCUGAUGAACACAAAUGUUCAAAGAUGUUCAGGCUGGGGAGAAAAUGUCUGAGAGGAGGUGACCAGACUUCAUAUCUUGAGAAGUCGCUGUGUGGAAAUACUGAGUCCUAUACAUGACGUAUUGUACACACUCAUGCAAAUAAAACCUCGCAUUUACAGCUCUUUAAGAUACCAUAAUUUUUAUCCUUUACCAAGCAAGCCAUUGGGAAAACUGUCCCCUCAAGCCCUGCAUUUCCCUGGCACGGCCAGCCCGCUGAGUGUCUGAAGCGCUGGGCUGACAUCCCAGGAAUGUAACUGACUGUGAUGCUCUGUGUCCCUGUUUCCACUCUAACAUUAUUUUGCACAUUAUGUCUCUGAAAAGGUCAGAGUUUUUCCACGACACUUAUGCAAAAGAGAGAAAAAAGAAAUGUUAACUAUGCUAUUUGUUAUUUGAGAUAUUUAUUUAUAAAGAAAUAUAGCUGUAAAUGUUAAAGAAAUAUGGUGCCCUUUAACCCAAACAGAAGUCAAUCUAGAGCCAUUAUAAAUUACAAUUGCUGCUAUUAAAGUGCUUUAGAAAAACUGCCUGAAACAUCUGUAUUAUAUCGGCCACUUGCCAAUAACAGCUUUAUUCUGUCGGGUGACUCGGGGGCUGCCUCUUGCAUGUUUUAAUAAAUACAAGAAUAUCCUCUUUUUUUUGUUGGUUUUUUUUGCAUUAAUCUGCACUUUGAAUACACCUUUGCAAACAAACUGUCCUAAUAUGAACAAGCAGAAGCAAACUCCUCACACAAAUGGAUUGAUUAACCUGCUAGCUCUGUGCAGUACCUUGGUGUUACCUCCCACACAACCUUCUCUGAGUUUAGUUUUACUUUUUUCUAUGAGAUUAUGAAUUUCCCACCCUACUAACACGCAUUAUGUAAAAUUCAAGUACUGUAUGUAUGCUGUAUGCUCUUAUAAGAAUCCUGAAAUAUUUAUUCUGUGCUUGUGUAUGUGAAUGUCAAUGCAACUAUUAUUAUUAGAGUGGACUUUAAGCUUUACCGUUGAAUGUAAAUUCAUUAUUUCUUUUUUUGUACACUCGUGAAAAAGUGGAGUAGUGUUAAUUUUUUAAGCCACUGUUGAUUAUCGGUUUUUGUGUAUGAAACACAAGUAAAAUAUCUUUCUUAAAUCAA